CGGACGUCGAAGGGAGCGGGAGGUUCAAGCAGAAAACAGUUCAGAAUCUUUUACAGCAACAUUUUAAAGAUGAUAAAACAAAGUUGAACGCAGAUGCAUUAAAAUUAGUUACAGAAGUAAUGAGAGUAUUUGUGAAAGAGACUGCAUCAAGAGCUGCUAUUCAAGCUAAAAAAGAUUUAUCUGAUGAGGUUAUGAUUGAACAUUUAGAGAAAAUUCUCCCACAGUUGCUGUUGGAUUUUUAAAGAAAUUUUAUGAUUGAAGGGAGACAACUACAUUGGAGACAUUAUUUUUGUGAUAAUCAAGACUACUCCUGGUUAAUGAAGUCUAUGAGUGAAACUGACCUACUUUGAUCACAUGACUGUCAUGGGUUUUGCACUUCUACUUGUGAUUUAAGUUUAUGAUAAAAACUAAACUACAUCUGUUUGAGAUUGUGAACUCAAUCAAGUAGGAGUGCAAACAGUAAUACAAGAUGAUUUUGAAGUUAGGCCUGGGUUGCUUGCUCUUUUUCUUCUGUACUUUAGCACAGGGAAAGGUGCUAGAAUUUAAAAGUGAAAGUAAACAAGUAUGGGACUAUGUGACUGUUAGACCAUCAGCCCAUAUGUUUUACUGGCAUUACUAUACCACCUCAUCUAAAGGAUAUCAGAAUUCACCUUAUGUUCUGUGGUUACAGGGAGGGCCAGGUGGAUCUGGUACAGGCUUUGGUAAUUUUGGGGAAAUUGGUCCCCUUAAUGUUACGCUAGAUAAAAGAAAUACUACUUGGCUAUCUGUAGCCAGUCUGUUGUUUAUAGAUAAUCCAGUAGGUACAGGCUAUAGCUAUGUAGAUAAUGAUGAGGCCUAUACUACAGAUGUUGAUAUGAUCGCUCAGGAUUUGCUCACGAUAUUUACUGCUGUUUUAAAAAAACUACCAGAAUUUGAGACAGUACCAUUCUAUAUAUUUUCUGAAUCUUAUGGUGGUAAAAUGACUGCAGCAUUCAGUGAUGUUCUAUAUUCAAGUAUACAAGCUGGUAAAAUAAAGUGCAAUUUUAAGGGUUUUGCUAUGGGAGAUUCAUGGAUUUCUCCAAUUGACUCUGUUUUAACAUGGGCUCCUUAUCUACACACUAAUUCUUUAGUAGAUUUAGUAGGGUAUACCAAGGUAAGUGAAGCAGCCAUGAAGACUGGAGAGUUACUUAACAAGGGAGAAUACUAUAAUGCUACACAAGAAUGGUCUGCUACCGAAAAUAUUGUAGAACAAGUUACUAAUGGGGUCAAUUUUUAUAAUAUUCUACAGUGGGGAGGCUCUGAACUGCAUGCUAAAAUACCACCAAAUUUAGGAAAAUUAGAGAAGUUAUGGCACCGACAUGUUGGAAUUUACCAGGCAGAUUCAUUAGCAGAAUUAAUGAAUGGACCAAUCAGAGAAAUGUUGGGAAUUAUUCCCAAAAAAGUCACAUGGGGAGGACAAUCUGGUAUGGUAUUCCAGAAACAAAGUGUAGAUUUUAUGAAACCAAUUGUAAGCACUGUAAAUAAGCUAAUCCAGAAUAGUGAUUUAAAAGUUGUUGUAUAUAGUGGACAAUUAGAUCUUAUAGUAGAUUCACUAGGAACAGAAAAUUGGGUUCAUACUCUAUCCAUUGAUGAAGAAUACAAACGAGCCACUAGAGUACCUAUUUAUAAUCCUGUUACCAAAGAAACUGCAGGUUUUGUCAAGAAGGCUAAAAAUUUUGAAUUUUAUUGGAUAUUGUCUGCUGGUCAUAUGGUACCAGCUGAUAAUGGCCCUACUGCAUUAAAAAUGUUAAAGAUGAUUACUGAGAAUUAACUUCUGAGCUUUCAGUUAUUACUCAAAUGGUAACCAGAUUUGUCUUAUCAACUUAUUUACACAUCAGUUACAAACAUUCAGUUAAUAGAGAUUUGAGGACCCUGGUGUGUAUAAACAAAUUUGCUGAGCUGUGGUAAUUAAGUUUAUACUUACACAGUUGUACACAAUUUGUAGUUUCAGUCAUACAAUCCUGCCUUUAUUUGAAAGAGUAGUUUUUUGUUUGUUUAUUAAUUUUGUAUAGUUUUUGUUAAUAAAUACUUUGUAAUUAUGUU